UGCUUGUGGGCUGUGCUUGUGUGGGGCGGCGGCGGCGUCGGAUAGUGACAUCGGAUUGCUGGUUGGUGCUUGAUCUUGGAUGAUCUCACAAAAUUCCGGCCUCAUGAAUCAAGAAUUAUUGGUUAAAGAAGAAUCAGCUAUGUCAGGAUGCAAAAUGAAGAAUAUACAGAAUUUAGAAAUUAAGUUUGAAAUAGACCAGCACAAUGAAUUUCCCAGUAAUGAGGAUAAGGAACAGUCUGUGGUAAAAACAGAGUUUUUUGUUGCUGAAAAUGAUAACCAUGAAGAGGAUAAUGAGGAUAGGGAACAGGUUGUAGUGAAAACAGAAAUUCUUGUUGCUGAAAACUCUCAUUUACAUAGGUGUAUAUAUUUUCAUAAUGAUAACCACGAACAGGAAAAUCUAAAUGAAUGCAGUGAAAUACAAGAGAAAAAUGAGAGUUUAAAGAAGAAGUUGAAAAGGGACAACACAGAAUUGACACAUGAUUGUGACCAUUGCGGAGAGAAUUUUGAUUUCAUGAAUUUGAAAACACAUAUGGGAAUCAAAACAGAAGAUAAAUUCUUUUAUUGUAUUCAUUGUGGAAAGAAAUUUAAUCAAGCAACCAAAUUUGAAGAACAUUUGCAAACACAUACAGAAGAGACAUCAAAUGGAAGUCAAUUUUGUGGAAAUAUUGCAGUCAAAAUAAAUGAUAAGCAUUGUGGAAGUGAAUUUGAUCAAGCAAGAACAUUAGAACAACAUUUGCAAACACAUACAGAAGAGACACAAUAUGAUAAGGAACAUUGUGCAAAGAAGGUUAAAGAUUGUGGCAGUUUGGAAGAACAUUUGCAAACACAUACAGGAGAGACACCACAUGAAUGUGAACAUUGUGGAAAGAAGUUUAAAACUAGUCAUAAUUGUCAAUCACAUUUGGAAGUAUGUACAGGAGAAACACCAUUUGAAUGUGGAGACUGUGGAAAGAAGUUUAAGACAAGUGAGAGUUUAAGGGCCCAUUUGAACAUACCAUAUUCAUGUGAAUAUUGUGGAGAGAAGUUUAAUGAUAUUAGCACUUUUAAGAUACAUUUGAGUAUUCAUAUAGCUGAGAAAACAUAUGAAUGUGAACAUUGCGGAAAGAAGUUUAAAAACAGUCAAAUUUUUAAACAACAUUUGAGAAUGCAUGCAAGGGUAAGAAUGUAUGGAUGUGAACAAUGUGGAAAAAAGUUUAAAGGAAGGAUUAUUUUGAAAUCACAUAUGAUAAUACAUACAAAAGAUUUUCAACAUGAAGAGUGUGGAGAGAGGUUUAAACACAAUGAUGAUUUGACAACACAUUUGAUGACACAUACUGGAAAGUCACCAUUUGUUUGUGAGCAGUGUGGAAAAAAGUUUAAACACAAUUGCUAUUUGAAAAUUCAUAUGAGGAUACAUACAGACGAAAAACCAUUUGAAUGCGAAGAUUGUGGAAAGAAGUUUAGACAAAAAGCCGAUUUAAAAAAACAUUUUAGGAUACAUUCAGGGGAAACACCGUAUGAUUGUGAACAUUGUGGAAAAAAGUUUAGAGACUAUAAAAAUUUCAUAUCACAUUUAAGGAUACAUACUGGAGAAACACCAUAUGAAUGCGAACAGUGUGGGAAAAAUUUUAGAGACAAAGGAAAUUUGGUAACUCAUUUGAGAAUACAUACUGGAGAAACACCAUAUGAAUGUGAACAUUGUGGAAAGAAGUUCAAACAGAAAGGCAAUUUAAAAUCUCAUUUGAGGGUACAUACAGGAGAGAAACCAUUUGUAUGUAAACAGUGUGGAAAGAAGUUUAAACAGGGGGGCAAGUUAAAAAGACACAUGAGAAUACAUACAGAAGAAAAGCCAUAUGCUUUGAAAAAUCAUUUGGUAGUACGUAUGGUAGAGAGACCAUAUGUAUGUGAACAUUGUGGAAAGACGUUUACCUUAAGAAACACUUUAAAUAGACAUUUGAGGAUACAUACAGGAGAGACACCAUAUGUAUGUGAAAUUUGUGGAAAGAAGUUUAAAGAUUAUAGAAAUUUCAUAUCCCAUAAAAGGAUACAUACUGGAGAAACACCAUAUGAAUGCGAACAGUGUGGAAAAAAGUUUAGAGACACAAGAAAUUUGGCAACCCAUUUAAAAAUACAUACAGGAGAAAGACCAUAUGAAUGUGAACAUUGUGGAAAGAAGUUUAGACAAAAAGGCAAUUUAAAAGCACAUUUGAGGGUACAUACAGGAGAGUGCCCAUUUGUAUGUGAGCAAUGUGGAAAGAAGUUUAAACAAAGUGGUAAAUUGAAAAGUCAUAUGAAGAUACAUACAGAAAAGGAACAAUUGAAAAUACAUAAAGAAAAACUAUUUGAAUGUGAAGAUUGUGGAAAGAAGUUUAAUCACAAAGGCAAUUUGAAAACACAUUUUAGGAUACAUACAGGAGAGACACCAUUUGUAUGUCAACAAUGUGGAAAGAAAUUUAAACAAGGUGGCAAGUUGCAAAGGCAUAUGAAGGUACAUACAAAAAUUGCGGAAAGAGGUUCACAAUAUGAAUCAUUUUAUUGCAUACAUUGCGGAGAGGAAUUUGAUCAAGCAAGCAAAUUUGAAGAACAUUUGGAAACACAUACAGAAAAGACACAAUAUGAAAGUGAACAUUGUGCAAAGAAGUUUAAAGAUUGUGGCAGUUUGGAAGAACAUUUGCAAAAACAUACUGGAGAGACACCACAUGAAUGUGAACAUUGUGGAAAGAAGUUUACACAAAAAGGCAAUUUAAAAAAACAUUGUGGAAAGAAAUUUAAAGACAGUAGCAAUUUGGUAACACAUUUGAGUAUACCAUAUGAAUGUGAACAAUGUGGAAAAAAGUUUAGAGACAAAAGAAGUAUGAAAACACAUUAUAGGAUACAUACAGGAGAGACACCAUUUGUAUGUGAGCAAUGUGGAAGAAAAUUUAGAGAUGGUAGCAGUUUGGUUGCUCAUUUAAAAAUACAUAAAAAAGAAAAAGAAUUUGUAUGCAAACACUGUGGAAAGAGGUUUAAUAAGAAAGGCGAUUUGAAAACACAUUUUAGGAUACAUACAGGAGAGUCACCAUAUGAAUGUGAACAAUGUGAAAAGAAGUUUAAAGAAUCUGGCUCAUUGAAAAUACAUAUGAUGAUACAUACAGGAGAGAGACCACAUGCGUGUCAACAAUGUGGAAGAAAGUUCAGAGACCAAAGAAGUAUGGUAAGACAUUUGAAAGUACAUACAGGAGAAACACCGUAUGAAUGUGAACAAUGUGGAAGGAAGUUUAAACGGAAAGGCGAUUUGAAAACACAUUAUAGGAUACAUACAGGAGAUACACCAUUUGAAUGUGAGCAUUGUGGAAAGAAAUUUAGAGCAAAUAGCAGUUUGGUAACUCAUUUAAGAAUACAUACAGGAGAAUCACCGUAUGAAUGUGAACAUUGUGGAAAGAAGUUUAAACAAAAAGGCGGUUUAGAAAGACAUAUUAGGAUACAUCCAGGAGAUACACCGUAUGAAUUUGAACAAUGUGAACAAUGUGGAAAGAUGUUUAAACAAAGUGACCAGCUGAAAAUACAUAUGAGGAUACAUACCGAUGAAAAACCAUUUGUAUGCGAAAAAUGUGGAAAGAAGUUUAGAAACAAUAAAAAUUUGAUCUUCAGUAUUAAGAAUUUGGGGAAAUGUGAAUCAGCUAUGUCAGAACAUGAAAUGAAUAUUAAACAGAAUUCAGAAAUUAAGGUUGAAAUAGACCACUACCAUUAUUUACCUAGCAGUGAAGAAGAUGAUGUUAAGAAUAUUGAACAGUUUUUGAUCACAGAAAAAACGUGGCAUUUUGCUGCUGAAAACAAUGACCAUGAGGAAAAUGUGAAUGAAUGCAGUAAAAUAGAAGAGAUAAGGGACAAUUCAAAGAUAUAUUUGAAAAGCAACAACAAAGAAUUGACACAUGAAUGUGACCAUUGUGGAGAGAAUUUUGAUUUUAUUACUUUAAAAACACAUCUGGGAAUCAAAACAGAAGAUGAAUCAUUUUAUUGCAUACAUUGCGGAGAGGAAUUUAAUCAAGCAAACAAAUUUGAAGAACAUAUAAGAACACAUGCAGGAGAGACACAACAAUAUGAAAUUCAACAAUGUGGACAGGAGUUUAAAGAAAGGAGUACUUUGAAGUCAAAUAUGUUAAUACAUUCAGAAGAAUUUCCACAUGAAUGUGAAGAACGUAGAGGGAAGUUUCAACAUUUAAACAUGUUGGAAAAACAUUUGAUGACAAAUACAGGAGAGUCACCAUUUGCAUGUGAGCAGUGUGGAAAGAAGUUUAAACACAAUAGCAAGUUUAAAAUACAUAUGAGGAUACAUACAGAAGAAAAACCAUUUGAAUGCAAAGAUUGUGGAAAGCGGUUUAAUCGGAAAGACAAUUUAAAAGCACAUUUAAAGAUACAUACAGGAGAGACACCAUAUCAAUGUGAAUAUUGUGGAAAAAUGUUUAACCAAAGAAGCAAUAUGAGAACUCAUUUGGGAAUACAUACAGGAGAAAGACCAUAUGAAUGUGAACAUUGUGGAAAGAAGUUCAAACUGAAAGGUGAUUUGAAAAAGCAUUUUAGGAUACAAAAGACUCACCAUUUGCAUGUGAGCAGUGUGGAAAGAAGUUUAAAUUAGUAAGUAUGUUGAAAAGACAUAAUAUGAGGAUACAUACAGAAGAAAAACCAUGUGAAUGCGAAGAUUGCAGAAAGAAGUUUAAUCAGAAAACCCAUUUGAAAACACAUUUUAGGAUGCAUACAGGAGAGUUGCCAUAUGAAUGUGAACAG